AUGCGAAGAAUCUGGAGAGCUUGUUCGAUUGCUUUGCGUCACACAAUGUCUCGGUGCUUCCCAUUCCCGCCUCCCGGGUAUGAGGCAAAGCCCAGGAGUGAGCAUAAGGAUCUGCUAAAGAAGGAAAAUCACAAGGCAAAGAAGCACAAAAAGGAAAAGACGGAUGGGGGCAAAAGAGAAAGAAAAGAAAAGGAUCGUGCUUAUAGGAAAGAUAAGCACAAGAAGAAACACAAAAGAGAGAAGCACAAAGAUAGGAGAGAGAAGAAAGAACGAGAUAAAGACAAAAGACAAAAUUUGGAACUGGGAACCCAGAAGAAGGAUGAUCUUGACAAUAGAAGACCCAAACAGACAGUGCAUAAUGAAGCAGUCAAAUAUAGCAAACAUAAAGAUGAGUUGGCUACCCAGAUCACAGGCCAAGAAGGUCAUGCAAACCGCACCAGGAGUAAUACUGGCAAGUUGCUUCCUCGAAGCAUCGAGUCCUUUGGUGUUGUAGGUUCUAAAGAGAAGGAACGAACUUCUAUCAGUAGAGUGAAUGGGAAAUCCAGGCAAAUUGCUCAGCACAAUCAUGCCAGUGAAAAGGGAAAGAAUAAAACUGGAAUCUUGAGUGGUACCAGCCUUCAACUCGGGUCAGCUGAAAAACGUUCUACCAGAAUACAUGGUAGUAGUGGAGUGGGCCUGCAACAGGAUAGCUCUAAAGGUAUAUUUGUUACUACCACAGCCUCUCAACAGAAGUGCAGAAUUACGCCAAGUGCAAAUGCUGCGCAGAGAACUGAACAAGUGGACCAACAUCCAGAUGGUUCUUCUCAUUCUGCAUAUGGAAAAAGUGACAGCGUGAGCACCAAGUGGAUGGCAGAGAAUAAAAAUGGGAAUGCCGACAAUUUUCAUUUCGGGAUGGAUAAGCAAUCGGCAAGAGGCAAAAGUGGAGCAGAUCAAGGGAUUGCAAAGAUUAAGGAGGCAAAAGCUAAUCAUCAGAAGAGUGUUAAAGAUGGAGAUAAAAGGCAUGGUGUAAAUCAGAAGGUUGUUAAAGACACAGAUAGAGAUUGCAAUGUAAGGAAAAGAAAGGCUAAAGAUGGUAAUGAAGGCAAAACCAGGGAGAAAAGAAGUGCUAUAGAUGAACAGAAACACAGAGAGCUUGACGGAGAUGGGGCAAGCAAGAACUAUAUUCAUGAUCUAAUGGACUUGGCUCAUCUUAAUGGGAACAAGUUCACUUCUGAUGAUUUCAAGAAAAGGAAAGGCUUAAACGCUAACAGUUCUCUACAUGAUCAUCAAAGUAUGCCAAUGACUAAGAUGCCAAGGACGUCUCCUGCCAAUCAUCUUUGUGUGAAUGGGGAAAUGUUGAAGCAUUCUCAAGGAACUGCGCCUACAUUACCAGUGGGCACAAACCCUCGUGAGGCAGGCAUGCUUGAAGAUAGCAAGGAAUGCAUCAAAAAUGGCAUGACCGGCCUCCUCAACCUAGAGGAACACAAUUCUGCAGUCUCUCCAUCCAGCUAUGGCAGCAGUGAAGUCUCUCUGACGCCAGCUCACCCUGAUACCAAGUAUCUGAGCCAUGUGUACUCCGUACCAGCGGCCGACGACCCCUCAGAGUACAUUGAUCAAGACUGGCUGUUUUCGGGAGACCGUGUUCACCAGAAAACAACGAUGCUUGAGGCCGCAAAAGCACCCCAGGUCUGGGCUGAAGCACAGCUGAUCGAUUCUGCUGAUGUAGUUGCUCUGCCUUAUGUUGUUCCUUUGUAA